UCGUGGCGCAACCGGAACCCCAGGAGGUUCUCCCUCCUUCCCCACGGUGGAGGAUGCCCUAGGAGACUUGAAAGAUAGAGUUUAGCGAGACAGUGCAGAACCUGCUACGGCUGACAAAGGACAUGAUGGAUGGGUGGUGCCUCUUCGAUCUCGCCAGCCGGUCGCUCCCCAGCUUCUACUCCGGCCGUGUCCUCGUCCUCAGCGACGCCAUCGCCCCAUCACAGCCCAGGUACAGCUUCUGCAUGAAGGUUGUCGCGGUGCUAUCGUCCCUCCUUGAGGAACCCCGGGGCCACAGUGAUCCAAACCGCCCAAGUAUCGAGUCCUUGUUCGCGGCUUCUGAUGCCAGUUGUCGAGAGCGAGACUAGUGGCUAGUCAAGAUCAGCCGGAGCGCGGCUGAGUUGUACAUGUGGCAUUUGCCAACACGGGCAAGGAACAUCUUGAAGCGAUGAGAAGGACACUGAGCAACAGAAGGCGGUCU